AUUAAUUAACACCGAUAAUUUCUAGCUUGCUCGUCCGAUCCAGUUUUAAGAACUGAUCAAGAUAGACGGUAGGAACGUGAUAAUGAAACCAGUAAAGUCGCGACGUUACUCGUUGGCAACGUGGUCGGACUCCUCGUGAGAGGAGCACACGUAACGUCACGUGCCCGCAACAAACGUGACUCGCGUUAAAACGUGAAGAUACCGUACCUAUCAGUCAUCGUGGCUGAAGCGUAGGACUGUACUUGGCAACGGGUCAUAUCUCUGUGAACGGUCAGCCACCUUGCUCGAGUAUAGGCGCAGUCACUGGGAAUCCCGAACUCCUCGGGCAAGAAAUCGCCGGCUGCAAUCUCGAAACCGACAAGAAAUAUUCCCGGAACAGAGCGGUCUAAAAAUAGCCGGAUAAUACUCAGACAGGUCGCAUAAUCGUCUCGUGCGUUUACCGCGUGAACGGUGCACUGGCUCGGAUUGGAAUUUUAUUGAAAUGUCACGUUUAACGCGAGCGUGGAAAACCAGGACGAUCUCUCCACUCGAUUGCUUCCAGAAAAACUGGUUUCCCUUUUAUGCAUACCGCGAAGGAAGCUCUUCGAGGUAUUCGACGAGCAGAAAUUACCAGGGAGUUAUUGACCGGGUCGCACCGGAUGAAACGAACGUGGCUCGUGUAAUUCUGAACCGCACCGAGCUUACCAGGAAUCACAUGACACCCGAACUACAGCUGUUUCUUUUAACACCCAGCUGCGAGCUUUACAACGCAUUCUUCCAAAAGAUUUUGGAGGCGGAUGAAAUAGAAAGGAAGGUUUUCUCGGAUCCAUUUUGGUCUAUUUACUGGCCAGGUGGACAGGCGCUGACGAGAUUCAUAUUAGAUAAAGGAAGGCCACUUGUUUCGGGCAAAAACGUUCUGGAUCUAGGUGCCGGAUGUGGCGCUACAGCCAUAGCAGCAAAACUGGCUGGUGCUGCAAGGGUUCUAGCUAAUGAUAUCAAUGAAGUCGCUUGCACGGCUGUAUCGAUGAACGCGUUAGUGAAUAGGGUGGAUGUCGAAGUGUCACGAGAGAAUUUAUUACGCGAGCCACCAGAGGUAUCGAUCGAUGUGGUUUUCAUCGGGGAUAUGCUGUACGACGAAGAAAUUGCUGCUAAUUUAAUUCCAUGGAUCGAAAGAGCGCGACGCAAUGGAACGAGGAUUUAUCUGGGAGAUCCAGGAAGACACGGCCUGACGGAGGAUUUGAAGAAACGUUUGAAUAUUCAGAAACAGUAUUUGUUACCAGAAUGCGUACGAGGAGAGAAUUACGGUUACGACGAAUGCAAUGUCUGGGAGUUUCGCGGAUAAUCCAUUUGCAUAAUCUUAUUUUCAUACUCUGAAUUGUCACUUGUUAUAACUCACACGAAGAUCGUAUGAUCAAAUAACAUUUUAUAUUUGUUUAUACGAUACAGCUGCACACAAGAAGUAAGCGCAUGCAUUUGUCAUACGGUAGCGCGUGCUCGAUUUUAAACAAGACGUUGUCGGUCGGACUUAUGGCAGACGCCAAAAAGAUUGCGAAAGAACGUGACAAGGCGAUCGCCACGAGUACACUUAUAGAUAUUGUCUGCGAGAUUCUUACACACGCGAUACCUAAUCUAUACGUACAUAAGUAUAACAACAGAUAUUUACUCUUGUUAUCUUUGUAGCAAGGCUGUUCACGCGAAAAUCAGAUUUAAGAAUAAAAAUUCCCAAAUUUAAUGUAA